GAACAGGCGCCUCGGAGCUGUAAUCAGUGCAAAGUGCAGCGCCCGUGUCCUGAUAGUUGUGCGCUCAAGGUGGAGUUUUCUGCUCCAUCACAUCUACAACGCGCAGUGCCGAAGCUGUUGUCCUGAAGAGAGGAGGCUGUACUCAACAGGAAGCGCCUGAACAACGGAAACGAGAGUGUUUUUGUAUUUCUUGACAAUUUCACUGCUACUCUGAGCAGAGGAGGUGUCGAUGAACAUGCUGUCAACGCGCAGGUGAAACACAUCUGCUAAUUGCAAGUUCUUUGCUGCUACAACUUUGCAGUCCUCGGAAGAUUUGUUUAGUUUGCUUUGGUUAAGAUUCAUAGAGAUAGUUUUAAAAUCUUGAUAAAUGUCUCGCAAGAAGUCCGCCAAAGGUAAAGCCGCGACAAGCAGCCCGUCUGCGGGCAGCCCCGCCGGGAAAGGGGUCGGGAAGACCGCGAGGAGCAGCCCGGGCAUUGUUCAGAUGAACGGCGUGAUCCAUCCUAGCAGACCGUCCAUCAGCAACAGCAGCGAGUUCUAUGACAUCGCUUUCAAGGUGAUGCUGGUUGGAGACUCUGGUGUGGGGAAAACAUGUCUUCUGGUUCGUUUUAAGGAUGGAGCUUUCCUGGCUGGCAGCUUCAUCUCCACUGUGGGCAUUGACUUUAGGAAUAAAGUCCUGAACAUUGAUGGAGUCAAGGUGAAGCUCCAGAUCUGGGACACAGCUGGACAGGAGCGGUUCCGCAGUGUCACUCAUGCCUACUACCGUGACGCCCAUGCUUUGCUUCUGCUGUAUGACGUCACCAACAAAUCAUCCUUUGACAACAUAAAGGCAUGGCUGACUGAAAUCCAUGAAUACGCUCAACAGGAUGUGGUGCUCAUGCUGCUUGGAAACAAGGCUGAUGCCACUCAUGAGAGGGUGGUGAAGAGAGAAGAUGGUGAGAGGCUGGCAAAGGAAUUCGGAGUUCCUUUCAUGGAGACCAGCGCCAGGUCAGGUCUCAACGUAGAGCUGGCCUUCACUGGUGUCGCUAAGGAGCUGAAGCAUCGGUCUAUAAAGGAUCCCAGUGAGAAGUUUAAGCUCCAGGAGUAUGUAAACAAGGAGAUGAAGACCACCGGAUGCUGCAGGUCUUAAAGCCUGCCCUUGUCAACCUCUGGAUCUGAGAGCAUGUGUAUUCAUGUGCGUGGAUCACUCAUGUUCGUACUCUAAGUUUUCCUAUCUGGCCUGAUCAGAGAUAAGAGUCAGCGCGAGCGAGGUAUAAAUCUUUUUGCCCUUCAUUUUUCUCCACCCUCAAAUCGCCCUCCAUCUGUUGUUCUGCACUCCUCUCACUGCCCUACUCUGAAUUGUCUGUCCUGCUUGUCCUCGAUCAUCUCCAUUCUGCAGCUGUGAAAGUAGCCCCAUGUUGUGGUUUGCAAAAGAUGAAUAUAAACGCUGCAUACCUCAGUUAUUAAAAUAUUAAUGGACAUUUUCUUCCGUAACUGUAGCUGCAUGACAUUUUUUUAACCCAGCAUUGAAUCGGGCACCUACCUUUGCAUUAUCCUGUGUAGGUUUAAUUGAACCAUAAUUUGUGGUCUGUUUAAAAUAUACCUUGUUUUGUAAUGCUAUUUAUUUCUUACAUCCAUUUCAAAUGUCAGUUACAAUUCUGGUUGAAUGUUGUCUUGUUGAAGCGCGUGUGGAUGAAUGUUCAUAUAAUAGAUGUAUAAUGAUGUGUGUUUGGUCCAUGGUCGUUUGUUAAUUUCAGUAAAUAAACAGGUUCCCUGGAGCCAGUUUAGCUCACCAGCAUAAACUCAAUCGAAGCAUUUCCAUGAUUCAGCUGUGUAUAAAGGGAAAUGGGUCUUACUUUUAGUCAUUUUUAUUGCUAUUCUGCAUACAAAGAUAUGAUGUAAAAAAGAGCAUCAUGAGCCACGUUGAAGUAUUUUAUUAGAUUUCAAUUCAUGCUAAUGAAAUAUACAGUAGUUCAAACAAGCAUUCAAAAACAUGGCAGUGCAUGGGUCACAGCACCUUAAACAUUUCGGUAUUUUAGUUGUUACAUUGUUUGAAUCAGGCUCUUACAAACAUGAUGUAAAACAUUUAUUUGCAUGUAAAAAAAAAAGUAACUGCAGCGAAUAGCACUUUAGAUGGUAGAUUCGAGUAUGUGUGCAAUUUUGGGGGUAUAUUGGGGAAAUGAAGACCUACAGUAUGUUGCCUACAGUAUUGUAUGCGACACACAGAUGUGUAUAUUUCUCGUUUUAUUUGUAGUAAAGGGUGUAACAUUUAGUAGGCAGCUUUUUUUCCCAUUCAUGAAUACAUAAAUGGGGUAGAUAGUGCCAUGCUUUUUGAAAUUUUCGUAUGUUUCUUAUAAUCUGUUCACAGGAUUUAAUCUGUUCUUUGUAAAAGAAGCGUAGACCUCUUUUUAUACAAUUUGCUUUGGUAGAUUUCAUCUUAGGUUUAGAAACUGGUAAUCUCUGUACAGUGUGUACUGUACAUUUUCAUAUUUCUUGAAUCUUGAUGUUCACAGUAAUGUAUUAUUGGUUUCACUACUUUUCAAUGUGCAACUUGUUUCCUGUAACUGAAAGUUAACUACAAUAAAACACAGGGAAUGUGGCUUUUAUCCUUAA